ACCUAUUUCUUUUAAUAUACAAAUGUCAAUUUGUUUAAAACAAAAAAAAAAAUAUUUUUAAAAUAUCAGUAAUAAAUUGACGCAUUUUUUUUGGAAUUGGCUUGCAUUUUAAGAUGAAUCGCUUCGAAUAUAUGGAGGCAAGAUUAUAUGAAAAUGAGGCGUUUGUUAGUAAAGAAUCACAAAUAAAAUUAUAUGAUGGUGACCAAAAGACCCAAUUUGAGGAAGGGGAUUUAGUUUUAACAUCACAUCGACUAUUUUGGGGAAGGCCAGGAGAUAUUGCUAAAGCGGCAGUUUGUUUAUGUCUAAAUUUAAAAUAUGUCAUUUCAGUUAGCGAGGAACAGGCGAGUAAUUUCUUAUUUGGUCGUAAAACGCGUUUGAUCUUACAUUUACGGCAACCAACCAGCGACAAAUUACCAGGGCCUCUAGACAACAGUACCAAUGCAUUUAUUAAACUUUCAGGCAAACAUGGCGUGUUACCAGAAUUUUCGAAUGCAUUGAGAGAAACAUUGCAAGCCAAACUAUGGGAUGUCAAAAUAAGUAGUAGUGAUGAUGUGGUUAACCAAAAAAAGGAGGACACUUAUCAAGAUAAUAUAACAAGAGAAACAAGAUUAAGAAUGCGUACUGGUAUUGGGGGAAUUGAAAGGGCCAUAGAGCAGAAAACGAAAGAAACUGACGAAAAUAUUGCACUAGCGUUUCAAGAUCUCCGAGUUCUGAUGGGAAUGGCAAAGGAUAUGGUCAGCAUAUCACGAGUUAUCAGUGAUAAAAUACGUUCCCAAAGAGGUGAAAUUUCCAAUGAUGAGACUGUGCGCUUUAAGUCAUAUCUCUUAAGUUUGGGCAUUGAAGACCCAGUAACUAGAGAAGGUUUUUCAAAUGAAUCAGAAUACUUCAAAAGCUUAGCAGAGCAAUUGUGUAUUAUGCUUCUGGAUCCUUUGGAGGAAUCUGGAGGCAUGAUGUCGUUAGCAGACGUAUAUUGCCGUGUUAAUCGUGCGCGUGGUUUAGAAUUACUGUCACCCGAAGAUUUGCUCAAUGCAUGUCGUUUGUUAAAAGGUCCUAUUAAACUAAGAAGUUUUCCUAGUGGAGCUAUGGUAUUGCAGUUAGAAUCCCAAGACGAUGAGUUAACAGCAUCAGAAACAUUCGAUUUAGUACAAAAAUCUAAAUCGUUGGCAGUUGAAGAAUUAGCAAAAUUGUGUAAUAUAUCUUUACUUUUAGCCAAAGAGCGUUUGUUAGCUGCUGAACGCCACGGCAAGUUAUGCAGAGAUCAGUCGUUGGAGGGUUUACGAUUUUAUCCCAAUUUGAUUUUAAACACAACUUUAGUAUAAUUUUAAUAAAAUACAAUCAUUAAGCGAACAAAAAAAUAGAAUUUUAGAAAAUCUUGAAUCCUUUCACGUAAAUUUGCAGUUUUUCGAUCAAUUUUUAAUCAUUGCCAUCAGGUAUGUUUAUAGUGAUGUUGCACUGCAUUUACGAACAAUCACAAACAAAUAAAACAAGUUACUUUUAUAUAACAAACCACUCAA